AUGUCGUCCCAACGGAUCCCGGGGCCUCCCUACCCAGCAAAGACUGCUGGAGUAGGUGGUGUGCCCACGGUUGGAGUUGAUGUCCCAAUAUGCAGCGUCUUCCUGUUCCUAUUCAUAUGUGGCGCAGCCAGCCAUAUGGCAAUUUUACAGAUUAAUCGCAGGCGGGGACACAAGUUCCUCAUGUCUGGUCUCAUGUUCGGCUUUUGUAUGGCACGAAAUAUCACUAUGAUCAUGCGCAUUGUCUGGGCCUGCUAUCCGACAGAUGUCCAAAUCGCAAUCGCCGCCAGCAUUUUUGCCUACGCCGGUGUUCUGGUCCUUUUCCUUGUCAACGUCAUCUUUGCACAGAGAAUCCUUCGAGCAGCUCACCCACACUUUGGCUGGCACAAGACAUUAUCCAAUGUCUUCAUUGUCCUUUACGUGCUGAUUGGAGUAAUGUUGGCAAUGGUCAUAUCAGCAAUCGUACAGUCCUUUUAUACCCUCAGCCCGAAUAUCCAUCGCAUCGACCGCGACCUCCAAAUCACGGCCUCGACAUACUUGCUGUUCAUAUCAUUCCUGCCAAUUCCGAUGGUAGUAUGCGGCCUGAUUGUCCCCCGAAAAACUAGACUGGAGAAAUUCGGUACGGGACGAUGGAGGACCAAGGUCGCGAUCCUGCUUGCAAGCUCUAUGCUGCUCUGUCUCGGGGCAUCCUUUCGCUCAGCGACAACCUACAAGAAUCCGCGGCCACGAGAUGAUCCAGCAUGGUAUGAUGCCAAAUGGUGCUUCUAUUUUUUCAACUUUACGGUUGAGAUCAUUGUCAUCUUCCUCUACCUCAUACUUCGAGUUGACCGACGCUUCCAUGUGCCUGAUGGGAGCAAAGGUCCUGGGGAUUAUGUGGCAGAGGACAAAUCUUACGAAGGAGAAGGUGGUGACAACGCUUACGUUCCUCGGCACAGAGCAAGCAGUAUGACCAGAGUGCUGUCUGAGGAGGAGAUCUUUGACGAUGAGCCCCCGAUUGAUCACAGACUCAGCAAGGACAUCGAGGGUCAGCGUUGA